UGUAUUUUAAAUCUCAAAAUGUUAAUGUUUCCAUUUAUGUUUAGACGUUUUCCACUUAAAAUACUGGUGUUUAAUAAAAAAGGUCACAGACGCGACAUGUGCGUCUUUUAGUGAUCAGUUUCUGAGUUCAUUUGUUUGGAUGGCGCCUGGUGACGCGCGCUCCGCGCCAAACCCCUCCCGAUGCGCCGCGCGCUCCGCGCUGGACAGCCCAGUGUCCCUCAGUCAUACAAUAUGCACCGCUAGGGGACAGUUCAGGGAAGGGACACCAGCGGAGACCGAAGGAUCCUUUGGAGAGCUCCAGUCCCCUGAAGACGCGAUGGAGUCGUCCAGCAGUGUGCCGAACACCGCGCUCACGCGACUCCUGAACUUCACAGAGGAUCCCGUCAGCUUCUCUGAGAGUCCUUCCAUGGCGGGGUUACGCGCCACAGAAGAGCCGCUUUCACCCGUGCUCAGCAGCUUCAGGACUGACGCGGCUCCAGCGGGGCUCCUGGCGGGUCCGUUCUCGCCCUCCGAAGAGCCCACUCACCUAAUUGUGGCUUUCUGGGAUUCACCCUUGAGUCACGGGAUUAACGUGUUUGUUGGCUUUGUCCUGUGCUUCACCAUGCUGGGGCUGGGCUGCACGGUGGAUCUCAGUCACCUGGGCGAGCACAUCCGCAAGCCCAUAGGAGUCCUGCUGGCGGUGGUGUGCCAGUUUGUCCUCAUGCCUCUCAUCGCCUUCCUCCUGGCUCUGGCCUUCUCCCUCAACGAUGUGGCCGCUAUGGCUGUGCUGCUGUGCGGCUGCUGCCCUGGAGGAAACCUCUCCAAUAUCAUGUCACUGCUGGUCAACGGGGAGAUGAACCUCAGCAUUAUCAUGACCAUCUCAUCCACUAUUCUGGCGCUCGUGCUCAUGCCGCUGUGUCUGUGGAUGUACAGUCGUGCGUGGAUCAACACACCUGUGGUGAACCUUCUGCCCUUCGGCGCGAUCAUUCUCACCCUCUGCAGCACCCUCGUUCCCAUCGGGUUCGGGGUCUGGCUUAGAUACCGCUAUACUCGAGUGGCAGAAAUCAUCAUCAAGGUGUCUCUGUGGUCUCUUCUGGUCACUCUGCUGAUGCUCUUCAUCAUGACUGGAACUAUGUUGGGUCCGGAGCUGCUGGCCACCAUCCCUGCCUCCGUCUAUCUGGUGGCUUUACUCAUGCCCAUGGCCGGCUAUGCAGCAGGAUACGGCCUGGCCACGCUCUUCGAUCUACCCCCCAACAGUCGGAGGACUGUGUCUUUAGAGACGGGGUGUCAGAACGUGCAGCUCUGCACAGCCAUCCUGAAACUGGCGUUCCCUCCGCAGCUGAUGGGAGGCAUGUAUAUGUUUCCUCUGCUGUACGCGCUCUUCCAGGCAGCAGAGGCUGGGCUCAUCAUUCUGGCUUACCGCAUGUACAGGAAAGAGGUAUUACAUAAACAGGACCUCAUGGAGGAUGACGAGGAUGAUACAAACAUAUCCUACAAGAGAAUGAAGGAAGAAGACGUGCUGUUUGAUUCUACAUAUGGUGCGGUAACAGAGAGCGACCCCAACGUCAUCGUGUUGGAGCCACAGGAUGGUACUGGAAGCCCCACACCUGUAUAAGGGAACAAAAACAAAAGACUUGAGAAUCACUAUAGACACUGGUCCUGAGUAUUUACAAAGGGAUUUAUUCAUGCCAUCACUCACUGUUGAAUUUCUUACUUAAUCACUCACAGCUUAAUAACUAAUAUGUGCCAAAAAUGAUCGCAAGACUGAAAAUGGAAACUAAUAACAUAACACACUAGACACACUAGCCAAAUACUACCAUUCAAUGGAAUUUUACUAAAAUUUGUAUAAAAUAUAUUUAAAAAUUAUUAUAAAAUAUAUAAAUAUAUAUAUAAGAUAAAUACCAUUUUAU